AUGGGGUAUUCAAUUCUUCGUCCCUUUGCUGAGGAACAAGAGGAGGAAGAGGAAGAGGAAGAGGAAGAGGAUAAUAAUAAUAAUAAUAAUAGGAGCAACAACAACAGCAACAGCAACAGCAGCAGCAGCAACAGCAGCAGCAGCAGCAGCAGCAAAUUAUUUUAUAAGGAUAUAGAUAGACAAAUAGAUUUGCAUGCACCUUUAUCUACUAUACAAGAAGAAGAGAACGAAGACCCACAAACAACACAAUAUCUAGACUGCAGCAGCAACCAUCUGCUGCAGCAGCAGCAGCAGCAGCAGCAGCAACAUAUGCAGCAACAGAAACUCCACCAACAGCAACAACAACAGCAGCAGCUCUUAAUCCAACACCACCAGCAGCAGCAACAGCAACAGCAACAGCAGCAGCAGCAGCAGCAGCAGCAGCAGCGUCAAGGGUCUAUCUUUCCUCAAACUGUUUCCGCAAACCCCACGCAGCGGCAAACACAAACCCCACCAUUCCCUUUCCCUCUGCAGCAGCAGCAGAAACAGCUGCAGCAGCAGCAAAAGCAGCAGCAGCAGCAAAAGCAGCAGCAGCAGCAAAAGCAGCAGCAGCAGCAGCAUAAGCAUGACCUCUAUGGAGCAGAUAGCAGCAGCUCUGCAUUUUGCAUGCGAGGCAGGGGAUGCACAGAAGGGCAUAUAGGCACACCAACAGCAGCAGCAAAAACAGCGGCAGCAACAACUGCAGCAGCUGUAGCAACUGCAGCAGCAGCAGCAACUGCAGCAGCAGCAGCAACGUCGCCGCGGCACUCGUUCUUAACUUGCGAUACAUACAGCCAAAGGCAGCACGAGUUGCUGCUGAUGCAGCAGCAGCAGCAGCAGCAGCAGCGGCAGCAGCAGCAGAAGCAAUUGGAACUGCAGCACGAACAACAGCAGCAACAAUUUAAGCAGCAACAGCUACUGCUGCAAAAGCAGCAGCAAGAAUUAAGACUGCAGCAGCAGCAGCUGCUGCUGCAGCUGCAGCGGCAGAAAGCUGCUGCUGAGCAAGAGAGACAGGCAAAGACAUCCCCUGUAUUUACAUCUAAUCAGCUGCCUCUGCAGCAGCAACUGCAGCAGCAACUGCAGCAACAGCAGCAACAAUUGUUGCAGCAGCAGUUGCUACUGCAGCAACAGCAACAGCAACAGCAACAGCAGCAACAGCAGCAGCAGCAGAGGCCCUUCUGCAGGCUUCCUGAUGAGGGCCGCACAAGAGCGCCUCUAUCCCCUGCUGCUGCUGCUGCUGCUGUCUCCGCCUCUCCACGUGCUGCAUUUGCUGCAGCAGCACCAGGUGCAGCAGCAGCAGCAGAUAAUUUUCCGGCCCCCAGCAGCAUGCAGCGGCACCUGCGUCGCCACCAGCAGCAGCAACAGCAGCAGCAGCAGCAGCAGCAGCAGAAUGCAGAUAGAGGGCUAUAUAGUAGGUCGCCUGUAGGCCACAGCAGCACAGAAAGACGCAGCAGCAGCAGCAACAACAGCAACGGCAGUUGCUGCAGCUGGGGCCCUGCUCAGUACCCAACAACCUGUAGGGCUGCUCAAGUUGCUGCUGCAGCAACAGCAGCAGCAGCAGCAACAGCAGCAGCAGCAGCAGCAGCAAGUCGUAGUAGCUUCUCCCCCCACACCUCUAGAGCUAAGGGAACGCUAAGUGGUGCUGCUGCAUCUCCUGCAGCAGCAGCAGCAACUGCAGCAGCAACAGCAGCAACAAGGGAUUCUUCCCCUUUCUCUGGGGUUUCCCGCCGCAGCAACCAGUUUGCUGCUGCUGACUUUGCUGCUGCUGCUGCAGCAGCAGCACAGUACCCGACUAGUUGUCCCUCCUUAGGGACACCGCGAGCUUCGCUGCCUAGGAGAGGCAGUGUCUCUUCAGCAGCAGCAACAGCAGCAGCAACAGCAGCAGCACCAGCAGGAGGUAUCCCCUCUGCUGCUAGCUUGCUGCAGCAGCAAACAUUAGAUAAAAGGAGACACAGCUCAGCUAUGUCUCCUGGUGUACAUACACCUCGCUCUGCAGCAACAGCAGCAAGAGCAGAAACUGCAGCAGCAAAUCGUUUUGCUCUUGGUGGUGGCAGCGGUGCUGCAGCAGCAGCAGCAGCAGCAGGUGGUGGUGGUGUAAGACGGCUACCAUCAGCUGCAGCGUCACCACGUGCUGCAGCAGCAAGCAGCAACUGCAACAACUGCAGCAGCAGCGGUCUUAGCUCCUUCCCAGUAGGCAGCAGCAUUCCUUGUAGCAGCAGCAGCAGCAAAUGCAGGAGCAGCAGCAGCAGCAGCAGAAGCACCACUUUGAGUUCAACAGGAGUCAGAACCUCAACAGCAGCAGCAGCAGCAACAACAACAACAGCAGCAGCAGCAGCAGCAAAUUAUGGUGUCUCCUUUGCUGCUGGAUUGUCUCCUUUUAAUAAACAAAUGCAUCCUCGUCAUAGCGAAGGUCUCCAUCAUUGGUCACUGCAGCAAGAAGGUAAUGCUGCUGCUGCUGCUGCUGCUGCUGCUGCAUUUGCUGCUGAUCCUGCUGUUGCAUCUAUUAGUACUGGUACAACAACAGCAACAGCAGCAGCAGCAGCAACAACAGCAGCAGCAGCAGCAAAUUUAGGGACAGCAACAGUAAGCUCAAUGUCUACAACUGCCUCUGCUUGGGCCUCCUUAGGCUCUAGGUUAUCUGGGGACUUCCCGCAGCAGCAGCAGCAGCAGCAGCAGCAACAGCAGCAGCAGCAGCAGCAGUGUUUUUGGCCUGCUGCUGAGCCGCCGCUGCAGCAGCAGCAAAUGCAGCGAAGGGCCUCGGACUCGGGGGCCCUAAGAAGGGGACAACCUUCUUCUUAUACAUCCCCUUGUUCUUUUUCUCUUUAUGCAGCAGCACAACAACAGCAGCAGCAGCAGCAGCAGCAGCAGCAGAAACAGCAGCAGCAGCAGCAGCAAACUGGAGGUGCUGCAGCAAAGUUGGGACUUGCUGCUGAUCCACUUAGAUGGAACAAUAUGCUGCAGUAA